AUGACUGCUAAAAUUGAAGAAGAGGCUGAAAAACCGGUGAAUUUGAAAGAGAAAUGCAUGAACUGCUUCAAGGGUUUGAAUUCGUUCAAGACAAUUGUCACGUUGAUCUGUGUCGCUGUCGUUGUGCAACAGAUUACAGUAGGUAUUCUGAAGCUGAAGAAUCGUCCAAUAACGACGUAUACGCACUUCGAUUUCAAUAAAACUAUAACUUACCCGAGCGUCACCUUCUGCAGGGAGCCGCCGUACAAGCAAGAUAAGUUGGAAAAGUAUGGACUCUACGGCCAUCCACGGUACACUUCCACUUGGAGAAACUUCAACUUUUCUAGAAUUCCUCUCGAUGAGCUAUGGGAGGAGAUCACCUAUGAUGCUGAGGAUUUUUUUGUGCAAUACGGCUUGGACACACAGAGAUCCAGUGUCAUAGUGACUCCAGUGAUGGGUUUCGUUAUGGGUCGUUGCUACACCAUGUCACCAAAGAUUCUAAACUCGAUAGCCAGAACAACACCAGACAGCGGGUAUUCCAUAACUUUGCAUCAUUACGCUGCCGACCUGGUUGACCCGAUCAGCGUCCUACCUCCAGGAUACCACGUGCACAUACAUUAUAUUCGAGAACCAUACACAGAAGUAGAAGUGCUUAACGGUGGUCUAGUGGAUUACCUGUACGUGAAUACGGGAGAGACCGUGAACGUCAAGCUGAAGGUGGAUGAGUACGUCAUGAUCAAUGAGGGUGACAACCCUUGCUCUAAUGAACAGAAUUACAGUGCCAAUGCAUGUACGACACAAUACGUGUCUGACAUAGUGUCUGAGGAAGUUGGCUGCUCGGGACCGUGGAUGAGCAGCGACAAACCGUUCUGUAACAAUUAUAACGACAUGAGGAGGCUCAUUUCGACCUAUAUGACAGCCUACACUAACCACAAUUGCCAAUCAUGUCUUCGUUUCUGCCGUGCGUAUCUCUACGACGCUUAUGUGAACGACAGACAGAUGUACUACAUAUGGGACUCUCAAGACAAUUUUUCUGAUAAUUCUGAAGCUGCUCAAUUACAAACACACAUCUAUAUGAGGUUCAACAAUAUGAUGGUGUCAGUCUAUGAGGAGCGGUUCAAUUACGAUUGGAACGCAUUUGUAGCGGACCUUGGAGGAAGUGUUGGUUUCCUGUUGGGUCUGUCAGUUAUCAAGCUAAUUGACAUUAUCAGUAAGAUCUGGAUGUACCUGAUACGUCCGUGGCUCGCUAAAAGGAAGAAGGAGAAAAAGAAAACUAUACCAACUUUCGAGAAUGAUAUAGCAACGAUCACAAAAUAGCAAGGGCCAGCAAUGAACAAAAUACAAAUUGAACCGAAUAUAUCAUGUACAAAUUUGAUUUUAAAUUUAUAAUUAUAUUAUGAGCA